AACCCUGGCGGCGGUGGGAGCAACUAGCGCCGAGGAGCUAGCACCACCACGCUGACCUCACACACUAGUUUUGUGGCUUUAGUGACCUCUUUAAGUGACCUCCAAGUGACCUGGCCCGCCCUGACGGCCUGACACACACCUGACAGUGAUGGAGAGGCACGCUGAGGCCACUGCUGCCUCCACCAGUCAUGUACAAGUGGGUGGUGCAGGCAGCCAGGCGCCCACCAAACAUCAAGUCUCUGAUGAAAAUGAGGAAUGUAACCGCUCUAAAUUAACAUUAACCGAGGCUCUGAUUAGCGAUAUUAACCUGCCGAGUGACCUCAGGAUUAACAGGAGUGAAGGCAGCUGUGAGAAUGGUGAGGUGGUGAUGAAUGGGGUGGUGGAAGACGGGAACCCCAUACUAACUUCCCCACUCCUCUGUCGUAACCAAGGGGGGUCCAGCCCCCACCCACCACCCCAUGCUAACCAUGACAAGAGUGACGAUGAGGCCAACUUUGAGGUUUCUGAGCUCAUAAAUGAAAUAUUACAUCAGUCUUCUUAUCUGGAAGAGGGCGCCUUGAAUGGGUUGGAGUUUGUCGGGUCUUUACCCCAGAGUUUGCAAGAUGGGGAAGUUGAGGUUGCCAUCACCGGCACGAGCCGCGUCCUUCCGCUCUACCUCGAUCGCGUCGAGGGCAGGAGUUCAUCCCCCGAUUCAGACUCUAAUAUGAGAACGGCCAGUGAAGGGUCGUCGACGCCUACUAGCCAGCUGUCUGUCCCCUCCGCCCACUCAUCGGAUCAUCAGCACGACAGCACCCUAGAAAGCAUGGCAGUGACAAACCAAACUGAUAGUGCUCACUCUGAGUCAAAUUCAGAGAACGCACUACAAGACGAUUCGAGUGCUUCUAGUGAGAGCAAGUCCAAAGACCCAGAGGUUAUUGUAGAUGUAUUGAGCGUAAGCGAAUGCUUGAGCUCUUUGACCGUAGAGAACACUCCGGAAGUUUUAAGAAAUUUGAGCAUUUCUGAUGUUGGUCUUUUAGACGAUAUUGCAUUGCAAAACACGAAAGAAAACGGUGGUCUAAGUGUUAGUGAAAUUUUAGACGACAGUGAAUCUAAAAGUGUAAAUAGUCGUUCCGAGAUAAAGUCAGAGGAGGAAGAGAGUGAUAGCAAGAGUGAGGACAAUUUACUCACUGUGGAACCUAUAAAUACUACGUUAGCAGAAAAUAAUCAUUUGCAGUUGGUAGAUGUCAUGAAUGAAGUUCCUACUCUAGAGACCAUGGUAAAUGAUAGUUGUGACGUAACUGAAGUUCUCAGUUCCUCACCUGCAGGUGAUAUAACUGACGUAGAGAGCGAGGAAAAAGUUCCAGAGAGAGAUGGCAGUGUUUGCGAAACUACCUUAGCCCUGGAGACCUUGUCAUUGCAUAGUGUGAAUUUUGAAAAUUCACCAGAAAGUAGUCUGAUAGCACUAUCAAAUUUGACCGUCAACAGUAUCAGUGAUCCGUGCAAACAAGAGGAAAAGUUGGACAGCAAAACUGAACCUGAUAAUUCAAGUCCAUGUCAUGAGGAUUCUAAAGCUGUUAGAAGUACUUGUGGAGCAGAGACCAUUGAGGAGGACCUGCAGACUGUGCCAGACAAGGACAUGGACAGAAAUGCCCGAGCUAAUAACGAUUGUCUGUGUAAAAGAAUGCAAGCUGUUGAAGAGGGUGGAGGUGUGAUGGUGGGAGUGUGGGCUGAGCUGCGAUCAUCUUUGCGCCAGCUUCAUCGUUCUAUGAUCCCCCAGUCCACUCAGGGGUCUGCUCAUCGAUCAAGACCCUCUCUGAACCGCAUCAAGGCCUUAGCUAACAUGCUUGUGACCCACGAUGCCCAUCAGCUGUACAUGCGCAUCAGUCACCUGGCUCACGAACUGUGUAUUGAGUUGAAGGUGAGACUCCUGGCAAUCAUUCACGACAACCCUACACCAGAAGAGGCUACUACCUUCAUUCAGGGCGUGUGUGAUUCAUACCAGUGGGUAAUGGGUGUGUGUGAAGCACUCCAUCCUGCACUGGAGCGCUUAGACUCUGAACACCUCAACCGCUUCAAACUCAACUGGGUGACAGUCAACAUGCACAUCUUUCAUUCAACCAUUCUCACUGACCCUGAUGUACAAGACUAUGCGCAGAUAUGCAAGCAGAAGUUAAAUGGCUCGACUGGAGGUGAUGAUGUCAUUGGUUGCCUGGCCUCACUGCACCGCACACUGGGUGUAGCAGAAGCAGUGUGGGUGCGUGCUGAUGUUCUCUUACAAGAUUAUACCGUGGAACGUGCUGCUGUCAGCACACGUCGUAGACAGCUCCUUGCUGAUUGGGAGCAGUUCAAGGCACAGCAGCGUACUCAACAUCAUCAAGAACUUGCCAUGAAAAAUGGGAUUCAGAAUGCUGCUGUGACAUCGGUAGCAGAGGAGAGUGCAGCGCAGUGCCCAUGUGAUGACUGUGCAGUUGGCAGAGGCAAAAUGAAUGACUCUCAGCCCUCCUCUACAAGCUCUAGAAUUCCUCUUUCAUCCAGUACAGACAUUCGCCCACCCUCGAGUUGUGAAUGUCAUUUCUGUAAUGCAUCAUUGGCAGCUGCAACAACAGAAGAGCCUGUACUGCCACCAUCCUCUGGGAGCUCUCUGCCCCCACUGGCCCAGCCACAGCUCUCACUAUACCCUCACAUUCAUAACACCCCCCCAGGAAGUGACAUAGUAGGUGUGGGCCAGUCAAGAGAAGAGCUGGGACCUAUUCCUCCUGCACCCACCACAAAGCCGCCCAUCACAACAAACCCUUACGUGGGAAGUGAUUUAUUGACAGAACAGUUAAUGCGUGAGUGGGAGAUGGUGUAUGGGGAUACAUUAACACCUCCAGGGUCACACCCUAUUCUUCCACCACCAGAAGCUGUCCUUCAAACUUAUGAGACUGAUCCAUCAAGCCUUGUAAGUGGCGUGGAAACCCUUCGUAUCAGUUCCUCACGACCAUCGUACACUCGCACCAUGGUGGACCCUUCUUUGCCGUAUGUGCCUGACUCCCACGCCACUGCUCGUGCACAUACUACCAUACUUCCCAGUUCCCGGCCUACAUCAAGCACUGCCAGUCAUCCUGUGUCAUCAACAUCUUGUCAUGCCUCCAAAGUUCCUGUGAGUAGCAGGAACAGCACUCCUUGCACUGAUGGUGGCUGUUCAUCUGCCCCACAAGUUUCCUCACUAGGUGGGAACAAGUGCUGUUCAGUCACCAACACCACGAGUGUUAUUACACACACUCGUGCUCAUCAUACAUGUACAACAGCUUCGACUCAAAAAGGGGAGUGUAGGAAUGGAUUGGAGGACUCCCAGCAACAUCAGGUGGAGCGUUCUGAUAGAUCAACCAGUAGAGAGAGUGUGGGUGAGAGUGAAACAAGUGGGGGAGAUGAGUGGAGUAGUGGCGAUGAGAGUGACUCCUCCACCACUGUCUCAUCCACCCAUCAAGACCCACACUGUGACUGCUGUUAUUGUCAUAUGCUUCACCACAAGCAGGGUGGUGGAAGACAGAAAUACAGUGACAGACGAGACAGACUGCUGCAGAUUUUGUCACGAAAGAAAAAGGCUCGUAGUUGUUCCGCGGUGUCUUGUUCUGCCAGUACUGUUUCAACAAACACACACACACCAACUCCUGCUGCAGUUCCUACUCCUGCUACCCCUGGUGUUCCUACAACCAAGGGCGGCAGCACUCCUCUAGGAGGCCAGAAUAUUGAUAAGAUUUUAGACUUCAUAGAAGGCAAUCACAUGGAUGAAGCUAAACACGCCAAAAAAGCUGCCAAAAAGGCUCGACAGAGGCAGAAAAAGAUGGCAAUUAGAAGAGAAGAGGAGGAGGAUGAGGGUGAUGAGGAGGAGGAUUUUGAUGAGAAGGAAGAUGAUGGUGAUGAUGUUGAAGAAGAUGGGCCUUUAGCAGAGCUUAGACGAAGAGCGCCAGAUGUGACCAUAACAGUAGUCCGCCCUGGCCAGCAAACUUCACGAACUCCUGCAACUCCACAAGUGGCUUCCCAGCGGCCACGAGAACCUUCCCCUAGUUCCAUGGACAAGGGAAAACCUCUUUCAGCAAAACUAGUACCAUCUCUUGCUCAGAGCUCCACAGAAUCUCCAUCACAACCUCAUUCUACUUCAAGGACCAUUCUGCACCCUUAUCGGCAGUCAAGUCAACAAAGUCACCAGCUUUCACAGUCCAGUAGGCAGGCCUCAGUACCAACUCCACCACUGGCAGCUAAACCCACUUCAUUUAAUAAUAAAGAAACAGUUACUAAUCCUCCUCCUCUAAGUGGCCCUAGUAGUUUAAGUAAUAUAUUAAAGGGAAUGGAUACAACAACUAAAGAAAAAGAUAAAGGGUCACAGAUGGUAACUAUUAGAAGAGUGAUGGAUCCCAACAACUCUGAGCCAACUGUCACCAUCACACUCAAAGGUGAUCAGCCAGAAAAGGACAAAGUACUUUUCAAGUUGGUAAAUGGACAAGCAGUAUCUGGUAAUGGAGGCCACUCUGGACAGGGCAUUAAAAAGGGAGGAAACCGGUUACAAUCUCAACCUCAGUUUCAACCUCAGUCUCGCCUUCCAGCUCAGCCACAGCCUGUCCCAAAUGAACCAAAAGUGCCUGAGGGAUUAGACCCAGAAGAAGUAAAAAAAUUCAAGAAAAGGCAGAAAAAAGAGAGGCAGCGACUUCGCAAGCAGCAAGAGCAGAUGCAGGAGCAGCAGAAAGGUCAAUUGCAACAGCUGGAGCUGCAGAAACAACAAGAGAUCCUUCGGCAGCAACAAGAGCAUAUUCAUCAGCAGCAGUUAGCCCUUCAGCGACAGCAAGAGGAACUUCUGAGGCAACAGCAGCAACAGCAAAAUAAUCCAUCAAAUAAUACAAAGAAAAGCAAGAGGAAGAAUAAAGGAGGUAAUGCUCCCAAUCCUAGCAAUACUAAAAGUGGUAGUAAUAAAAUCGGCAGUAACAACAGUGCUGUGUCAGCUGUUGUAUAUGAUGGUGAUGAUAUGGCUCAGUCUUUCAACCUUCCACCAGGGGUAACCAUUAACAAAGUAGAAGGUCAACCAGGCAUGGUCACGAUUUCCAAUAAUAUGGGAGGUGCUUUCUCACAGCCAUUUUUGCCCAAUCCUAAUGUGUAUCCAAAUCCAAUUGUACAAGGUUUCUCUACUACUCAAGAAAACUCUAUAUCCAAGCCAUAUGGUAGGUCACAUGCCCCUGGUUUAAGUUGGAAUAGUGCUGUAGAUGGUUCUGGAAACUAUCCAGAUAAAGAUAAUGUUAUUGUUGUAGACACCAACAACAGUUUUCUGGGUGCAAGUCCCGUUCCUAGCAGUAGUUCUUCGAAACGAGAGAUAUCGUCUGACGAGAGAGUCAUGAUGGCCGUAAAGGGACUAAUUGAUCCCAGUACCCUCAAUAUGACUCAAAAAAAGAAAUUUAAAAAGAAGAAGAAGGAAUUGCAGGAGGAAAAAGAAAGGGAGGAGCAGAAACAGAGAGAAGAGGAUGAACUAAUGGAUCAAAUGUACAACAUAGCAACUGGGAAGUGGGCCAAACAGCCUGAUGUAGUACAACGUCAGUUACAGGGUACUAAGAACCAAAGUAAAAAGAAUCAGAAACCAAAAGAAAAUUGUAAGCAACCAGUUGUUCAGAGCAAUUGUAUCAAACAAAGUUGUCCACAAGCCACUAAAAACAAUAAAUUAACACAGAAGACCCAAGAAAUUCAGCAGCAAAAACCAAAACAGCAGCCUGAUGUUGUGAGGCAACUCAAUAAAAGCAAUAAACAGAAUAGCAAAGAAACUAUGCUUCAAAACAUUACUAACCAGUCAGUUAAAAAUGCAAAUUCUUGUACUCAGAAUGGUAAGGUUAAGCAGCAGCAACAAUUGCAACAGCAACAAAUACAACAGCAAGCACAAACACGGCAGUUAGCUCAACAAAAGCAGCAGAUGCAUGAUAAACAACAGUUUCAGCUUAAGCAACAAAAACAACUUCAACAGCCAAAGCAGACUCUACAGCAGCAGAAACAGAAUCACCAGCAACAGCAGCAGCCACCUCAGCAACAGCCAUUAAAACUAAGUCAGCAGCAUCAACAACAGAAAUUGAGUCAGCAUCAACCAAAACAAAAUCAACAGCAGCAGAGGCAACAAAAGCAGCAGCAACAACCGGGACCGCUACAACAGAAACAGCAACAACAGCAAAAUUUUCACCAGCCGUAUCAGCAACAGGCAAGACAAAUGCACGAAUCACAAAAUGUUAAUAAAAACCACAAAUUAAAUAAUAGCUUUGGGAACUUCGCUGGGAAAGUGGGAUACGUUCCUCAGGAUAUUGCCCACGAGGCACGUUAUGCUCAGUAUCUUGCAGCUAAUGCGAACACCUUAGCCAAAAUGAGCUAUAAUACAUUCAAUGGCAAUGUUUUAGGUGAGCAUAUUCAUGAUCAAUGUGUGGGUGGGGAUGAUGACAAGAAAAACUUAAGUAAGAAGAAAAAGAACAAGAAAGGUAAGAAAGGUCAUCUUGAGGACAUGACUACUAUUGACAGUGUGUUUACUCCAAAGGAUGUGGCAGAAGGUGAGCUAGAUGAAACGGAGAGAGAUGUAGAAGCCUUCAAGCGCUUCUGCUUUAAUAAUGUUCCUCGGUACUCUGGGGAAAAACCCAAAGUAAAUUUCAAUGUUAAGGACAUAAUGAUUAAGAAAAGGCCUUGUAAUGUAAAUCUGUAAUAUGUAUUGUAACAAUUGUGAAGCAAAAUUGAUUUUAAAUAGCAUUUUCAAGGAAUUAUAUAUUUUGAAUUACCAGUGCAGUUAAAAAAAAAUCCAUUUUUAAAUAAGAAUGGUUGUGUUCAUUGUUAGCCUUUCUUUCUUGCCUAAUAUGAAGAAAAUUCAAUACUAUUCUGCACCUAUUUUUUAGCAUUUGCAUGCCUAAAUUUUUUUUUUUAUCCUAAGUUUCAAGAAACCUAAUGUGUCUUUUAACCCCCAAAGAAUCUUUAAUUGGUAAGACAAUGCAUCAGUUUUUGAUACACAUGUAAACUGCAUGUUUCUUCAAUUUACUGCAUAUGAAAUAUGUGUUGGAGAGCAUUGUCCUUUGUUGCAUUAAAUAAGUUUUUAUAUGGCAGAAUAUGGCUUUUGCAUUGCUAAGAUUUGUCUUCAUUGACAAAGGAUGUGUUUCUUAUUUUGCUACAAUCAUGUCUUUAAUACUCCAGAAAAGCAUGUUUUAAAAUGUUGCUGAGGCUGUUUUGUAUGCUGAAGAGUGCUUCUUCAUGCAUCAAAGACCAUGCUUCUGAAAACUGCAUCACAUAAUUGGUGCUUCAGCAUUCAUUUUCUUUACCUUACAAUUUAGACAAGAUGAUACCUAAUAUUGUAUAUUAUGAUUACGGCAGUCUGUCACACUGUCUUAGGUGAUAUUACUAGGUUUUUAUCUUGUUAUAUUAUUGUCAUCCACAUAACAUACAUUAAUAGUCAGAUAAUGUUGAUAUUUAGUUAAUUUCAUUCAUUAUCAUUUUCCAUCAGUCAUUAAAUGUAGAUUAAUUUCAUUUUCUGCGAGUGAUUGCUUGCUGUGUAAUCCAGAUUUAAUCUCUUAUAACAAGGAAAUCUUUGAUGUUGAUAUGCGAGGUUAAUUACUGUAUCACCUGUCCUUGUACAACUUUGUUAUUAACGUGAUUGGCUGUGAACAUUGCAGAUGGUGUGCUUGUCAGAUGAAUGAUUCAGUAUUAUGUCAUCUAAAAAAUGCUGUUACAUAUGCCGAAGCUAUAGUUAAACUAAGACUGUAGUAUGAACCAUGUAUUAGAGUAAGGUAAAUUUGGCACCAUGGUAUUUACUUACAGAAAGUUUACAUGCUUGCUAGAAAGCAUGAAGGGUAUUUUUUUUUUUUUUUUUUCUUUGUGAAGAUAGGAAUUCUGUAUAUCAGUUGUCAGAUUUUAUGGUAAGUAGUGCUAUUUAACUGUACAUUUUGAGGGUAGACGUAACAGUAAAUUGUAAAGUUGAUGUGCGAUAGGACAUGAUUAAGUUCUUAAGUUGUGUGAGGAUAGGAAGAAUGGAUCUUGCUCCCUGCAUGGCUGCCUAUCAUUGCAGAGGAGCAGCCUUGUUAAUAAUGCUUAGAAUUUCAGAAUCUAGAACUCAUUUUUAUGUAGAAGAGUAUUUGGUCUUCAAAGGCUUAUGCCGCUAAUAAAUGAGUGACCAAUGUAACUGCUUUUUUGUAUCCCGAGUUGUAAUUUUUGUUCAUGAGAAAUAGACAAUGUAGGUAUGAAAUGUAACAUUGAUGCUAAAGGCUUCCUGUGGGAAUUACUUUCAUUGGAUCAAAUCUGAUUAUCUCCUUUCUUUAAUAAGUACCUUCCUUAAGUUGUACUGUACUUGCUGUGUUGAAACUUAAUAGCCACCUUUCAAGGUGCAGUGCCUUGAUGCUGGUUAAGGGCUCUUUACCCAAGGAAUUUGCACUUCCCUUUCUCCUUCCUUGGAUAAAGCUUUAUGGCCCCCAAUCUCUUCUCCGGGCAUUUUAUGAUCCUUAAUGACUUUUUUGAGUUUAGCGCUUAGUGUGAUUAUAUUUUUAUGAUUCCUUAGUGGGUAUAACUGUAACCUGUGAAUAUUAUAAUCUUAGUAAACACUUAUGACUAUU